AUGCCUUCGCGUGGAGGUUCUGGUUCCAAGAAGGUAAACAACAACCGCUACUAUGAGCUGCUUGGCGUCAGUAAGGAUGCAUCGUUGGAUGAGAUCAAGAAGGCGCACAGGAAGCUAGCGCUCAAAAUGCACCCCGACAAGGGUGGCGACCCAGAGAAGUUUAAGGAGAUCAACGAAGCAUAUGAUGUGCUGAAAGAUCCCAAGAAGAAGGAGAUUUAUGAUCAGUAUGGUGAGGAUGCCAUCAAGGAGGGUAUGGGCGGCGGUGGAGGCGGUGGCGGUAUGUCUGACCUUUUCGAGCAGAUGUUUGGGAUGGGCGGCGGCCGCGGCCGGCAGCGGGAGCGCAAAAGCGAGGACGUGGUGCACAAGUUGCAGGUUCCGUUGGAGGACCUGUACAAAGGUGCUAUCAAGAAGCUGUCCAUGUCUCGCCAGCUCCCCUGCGAUGCGUGCCACGGGUCUGGGUCCAAGACCGGCAAGCGCUAUGAAUGCCAGGUGUGCCAAGGCACGGGCGUGCAGGUGCACUUGCGCCCCCUUGGCCCAGGCAUGAUGCAGCAAAUUCAGUCCAAGUGUGGUAACUGCGCUGGAAGCGGAUACAGCACUCCUCUCGGCGACCAAUGCGCCAGCUGCAAGGGCAAGUGUCUUGUAGCCGAUAAGAAGACCUUCGAUGUGCACAUUGACGCGGGCAUGAAGCACGGGUCUAAGGUCGUGUUGCGUGGAGAGGCAGGCUGCUCGGAGCCGGGCCUCGCUCCUGGCGACAUUAUCCUCGUGGUCGUCCAGAAGGAGCACGACGUCUUUCAGCGCGCCGGCGUGGACCUCGUGAUGGAGAGGACCAUUUCGCUUACGGAGGCGCUGACAGGCUGCACCUUCACCUUCAAGCACUUGGACGGGCGGGUGCUACGUGUCGCAAUACCUCAGGGCGAAGUAAUCAAGCCGGGGUCGUUCAAGUGCCUUCAGGACGAGGGGAUGCCGUUCCACGGACGGCCCUACCAGAAGGGCAACCUCUACGUGCGCUUUAAUGUGGAGUUUCCAGAAAUGCUCAGUGAGGCACAGGCACAAGCGAUCAGGGCAGCUCUACCUAUGCCUUCGGCUGCAGCCAACGGCACUGGUACCAUGGACGUGGACGACGUCGAGGACGUGCACAAGAUCUCCAACAUUCAGGAUAUUGAGUCGGAGCUCAAGUCGCGCGUGAACAUCGCGAAGGGCACUGGCGAGAGCUAUGAUUCAGACGAUGACGAUGACAUGCCGCGGGGACAACGGGUUCAGUGCGCUCAGCAGUGAGCAGCAGAACCUUUCAGCUUGCGCCUCGAGCAUGAGGAGGCAGGUGAAGACAGCGCUGCACCCCCUUGACCAAUCAGAACCGAAACAAGCGGCGGGUUGCAGUCGUGAGCCUUCAGCUACGUACCUAGGUAUAUCCUUGCUUGAGCAAGGUUACCAUCUAUGUCUGAAACUGAUGGGUUGUUCCGAGGGAAUUUUUGCUAACUCGGGCUUUGGGACAAGGGGAGGAUAAGGGAGAGGUACGGGGGAAGCACGUGCACCGAUGCUGUGCGAAACGUGGAUGGGAAAUUUAGGGGAGGAGAAAGCGUGCAGGUUAAGGCUGUUUUUGUGUCACUGCAUCCCCCGAACACCUUGUGCCUGGGGGUUAACGGGAGUCCUCAAACACGCAAUUAUAACGGCCUCACGAUAGGUCCACAGCUGUGGGCUGUGCUCGCGGAUGUGAGCGUAUCUUGAGCGCUGUCGGCAUCCAGCGGGCAUGAUACUGAGUGCUUUCUAGGAACAGCAGUGAUGUGCGGCGCCAUAUGCUUCGGAGCUAGGAAUGAUCAAAUUUGGGGGUGGGUUACAAUAGUGCUUUUGCCAACUAGCAGAUGUGUGCUAAAAUUCGUAUUACGAUUUCUUUCUACAGCUGUAACGGGGCUGCUCUUGGUG